AUGAAUACUCUUUCCAAAGGUGUCGUUCAGAUUAUUAUUCAAUCGAUGUAUAACGAAUUCCGCAAAGGUAUAACGUGUUUAUGUAUCCCGACGAUAUCAAAUCUAAUUCCUUCUGAAGUUUUCGCGCGAGAUUCAAUUAAAAUACCGACUAACAUCAAACUAGCAGAUCCGGAGUUCCACCUACCGCGUCCUGUUGAUCUGUUAAUCGGAUCAGGAGCAACGUUGUCGUUAUUUACCGACGGUCGAAUUCAUUUAUCCAAUGACUAUCGCGAUCUAUAUCUUCAAAACACGCGGCUCGGUUGGGUCAUUGCGGGCGGCACAUCGCAAGGAUACNCAAAAACAUUUGUUUGCCAGUUGACGAGUCUAGAACGUCAGAUCGCCAGAUUUUGGACGAUCGAAGAAACAGCCAUCUACGCGACAAGAUCUUCCGAGGAACACAAAUGCGAGGAACAUUUUAUCAAACACGUCACUCGCGAUAAAACUGGCCGUUACACAGUGCGGUUACCAUUUCGCAAUGACAACAAACUGAUAGAUGAUCCACUUGACAAUGGAUAUUAUAUGCCUCAUCAUUCAGUGAUCAAGGCUUCAAGCAGUACGACCAAGGUUCGCGUCGUGUUUGACGCGUCCGCGAAAACAAAUACCGGAGUAUCUUUAAAUGACGUAUUAAUGGUGGGUCCGAUUAUUCAGGACACAUUAUUCGCGCACUUAAUUCGAUUUCGUUCGUACAGAUACGUCAUGAUAGCCGAUAUAGAAAAAAUGUAUCGUCAGGUGUUAGUCCACGAAGAAGAUCGAAAAUAUCAACGUAUACUUUGGCGCAAUGAUAAUCAAAUACAGACACUGCAACUCAACACUCUCACAUUUGGUGUAUCAUCAUCACCAUUUCUUGCCAUUCGAACUAUUCAAAAACUCGCCGACGACGAACGCGACAGAUACCCUAUCGCUUCUAAGACUCUUAAAACUGACUUAUACGUGGACGAUUUACUCACCGGAGCAAAUACGAUCAAAGAGGCUCGCACAUUGCGAAACGAAAUAAUUGCUUUAUUAGCUCGAGGCGGAUUUAACAUUCGACAGUGGGCGUCUAACGACGAACGCAUCAUCAAUGAUUUGAACAACAACGCACUAAAACCCGAUCUCGUACUCAACAAGGAAUGUUUUUUAAAAACUUUAGGCGUUUCAUGGAACGCACGCAGUGACAUGCUUUUCUAUUCAGUGCGACCAAUUGACUGUACAAAGAAAAUCACGAAACAAUUGUGCGGCGCAUUAUUGUUAGCCAAACUUUAUCGCGAAGUAAUUCGAACCAUUAGAUUCACGCCUAGCGCAACAGUAUUGUGGAGUGAUUCAACAAUUGUUUUACAUUGGUUAAAAACUUCACCACAUAUUCUGAAAAAUUAUGUUUCUCAUCGCGUUGCACAAAUACAGGAAAUUACCGAAGUAAAACUGUGGCGACACGUUAAAUCAAGAGAUAACCCCGCGGAUGCACUUUCGAGAGGCCAACUACCUAAUGUUUUUCUGAAUAAUCAAAUUUGGUUAUCGGGGCCUCCGUGGUUGUUAAAGGAUCAAGGCGAAUGGCCGAACGAAAUCAUAAACUUGAAUGAAACUCCGGAGGUAAAGAAAAAUGUAUGUCUAGUAGUGAAGGUCGAUCUCAGCAUCAUCGAAAAAUAUUCGUCUUAUUCAAAAUUAUUAAAAAUCGUGGCAUAUUGUCUUCGUAUGCGAUUACAAAACAAAUAUCGCGGACAAUUAUGCGUGCAAGAGAUAAUCGAAGCAGAAACUAGAAUAAUAAAGAUCGUUCAAGCAUGUUGUUUUCCGCACGAGUUCAAGGAUCUCAAAAAUAAAAAUUCAAUAAAUAAAUGUAAAAUCGCAGCACUAAACCCAUUCAUUGACGAAAACGGCUUGAUUCGCGUUGGCGGACGGCUCAAAAUGUCGAAAUUAACCUUCUCUCAAAAACACCCGAUUUUACUCCCAAAUCGUCAUUUUUUGACCGACAAUAUCAUAAAGGAGACACACGAAAAACAUCAUCAUACAGGCAUUCAAACGACACUAUAUAUUCUUCGACGUAAGUUUUGGAUCCUCGAUGGUCGCAAUCAAGUGCGCAAGGUCGUGCGCGCAUGUGUGCGAUGCUUCCGAUUCAAUGCCGAUACAAUAAAAUACAAAAUGGGCAACUUACCUCAAGCACGAUUAAAUAACGCAUUCCCUUUCUCUAACACUGGUAUCGAUUUUUGCGGUCCGUUUUACAUCAAGGAACGGAAAUAUCGAAAUCGAACGCGAAUUAAAGUAUAUGUGUGCGUAUUUGUGUGCAUGGCGAUUAAGGCGGUUCACUUCGAGGUUGUAAGCGAUCUAUCGACGGACGGUUUUCUCGCUGCUUUGCGACGUUUCAUUUCUAGGCGAGGGAUGCCAGCACAUAUUUAUUCAGAUAACGGAACUAAUUUUAUAGGAGCCAACAAUAAAUUAAAGGAAUUAUAUGUCCUUUUAAAUUCAGACGAACACCAACGCCAAAUAAAUCAAUUCUCGAUCGAACGUCGCAUAACGUGGCAUUUCAUUCCUCCCUUAGCACCACAUUUCGGCGGUUUAUGGGAGUCCACAGUUAAAUUAUUUAAGCAUCAUUUCAAACGCGUAGUCGGAGAACUUUUGUUUACAUUUGAAGAACUAUGUACUUUCGUAGUCGAAAUCGAAGGAAUAUUGAAUUCUAGACCUAUAACCUGUCUCUCAUCUGAUCCUAAUGAUCCUUUGGUAUUAACACCCGCACACUAUUUGAUCGGCCAACCAUUAAUCAGUCUACCGGAGAACAAUGUUUCCUCUGUCCCAGCCAACCGCCUAUCCACCUGGCAACAUAUAACGAAGGUGCGACAGGACUUCUGGGCACGGUGGAAGCUAGAAUAUCUCAACGAACUCCAAGUUCGUCACAAAUGGAAGACGGACGGAGAAAAUGUCAAUACUGGAAUGAUCGUCCUCCUCAAGGACAAAAACACACCGUGCAUGCAAUGGGCUUUAGGAAGAAUAGUAAAGGUGCAUCCAGGCGAAGAUGGAAUCGUGCGAACGGUCACAAUCAAGACUGCCUCUGGAGAAUUCAAACGAGCCGUCAAUUGCGUGUGUCCACUCCCAAUUGAACAUAACACAUAA